CAAUGUCCGGCCGACGAGCCGGGAGCAGGUGUGUCGAUGCCAGAAUAAAAUGACGGUUGCCGCCAGACCUUGCCUCCGUUCCCUGUGACACUUCCUUUUUUUUUGGCUGAUUUUGUCUGUUAUUCGUGAUACCCUCCAAACCAUUUCUUUGAUUCAGCGACACCAACAGUCGCAGCCACAGCCAUGCCUCUCGAAGUCCCAUCCAAAACAUUCACCCGCGCCGAUGUCGCCAAGCACAACACCGAGGACAGCACCUGGUUCAUCAUUGAUACUGUUGUCUACGAUGUGUCCGACUUCCUAGAUGCCCAUCCGGGCGGCGAGGCUGUCUUGCGCCAGGUUGCCGGCACCGACGCCACGGUCGCCUUCUACAACCUGCAUAGGCACGAGGUGCUGCAGAAGUACUCAGACCUGGCAAUCGGCACCAUCGAAGGCGAGAAGCAGUCGAUCAUCACCCCGAAACUGGGCGACCUCUCCCCCGUUCCGUACGCGGAGCCGCUCUGGCUCACGCCGCAGUUCAAGUCGCCCUACUUCAAUGAUAGCCACCGCCGACUGCAGCGCGCCAUGCGCGAGUUCACCGACCUGUACAUUGCCCCAGAGGCCCUCGAGAAGGAGCGCACGGGCGAGCUUGUCAGCCAGGAGUUGAUCGACCGCAUGUCCAAGGCCGGCGUAUUGCACAUGCGCAUGGGGCCGGGCAAGCACCUGCACGGCGUCAACCUCCUCAACGGCGCCGUCGACGGAAAGGAAUUCGACUACUUCCACGACAUGAUCUGCUCACAGGAGGCAGUCCGGGUCGCCUGCCGCGGCUUCCAGGACGGCAACAUGGCCGGCAUGGUCAUCGGGCUCACCUGUGUCCUCAAUUUCUGCAACCAUAACCCGGAGCUCCAAAAGAAAGUCAUCGAGGAGGUCUUCUCCGGGAAAAAGAAGAUCUGCCUUGCCAUCACCGAGGCCUUUGCCGGCUCCGACGUGGCCGGGCUCCGCACGACGGCCACCAAGACCCCGGACGGCAAGCAUUACAUCGUCAACGGCACCAAGAAAUGGAUCACCAACGGCGUCUUCUCCGACUACUUUGUCGUCGGCGUCAACACGGGCAAGGGCUUAUCCGUCCUCCUCAUCGAGCGCGGCGAGGGCGUCGAGACCAAGCCCAUCAAGACCUCCUACUCCCCAGCAGCCGGCACGACCUACAUCACCUUUGACAACGUCAAAGUCCCCGCCUCCCAUCUCCUGGGUGAGGAGAACAAAGGCAUCUACGUGAUCCUCUCUAAUUUUAAUCAUGAGCGUUGGACCAUGGCGUGCGCCACCAUCCGGUACAUGCGGCUCGUGGUGGAAGAAUCUCUCAAGUGGGCGCACCAGCGCCUCGUCUUCGGCAAGCGCCUGAUCGACCAGCCCGUAAUCCGCCAGAAGCUGGCCAAGAUGAUCGCCCUCUGCGAGUCGCACCAGUCGUGGCUCGAGACGGUUACGUACCAGAUGUGCAACAUGGCCUACUCGGAGCAGGCCAAGCACCUGGGCGGGCCCAUCGCGCUGCUCAAGAUGAGCGCGACGCGCGCGGCGCACGAGAUCGCCGACGAGGCGGUGCAGAUCUGGGGCGGCCGCGGCCUGACCCAAACGGGCAUGGGCAGGGUCAUUGAAAACUUCAACCGGACAUACAAGUUCGACGCCAUCCUGGGCGGUGCCGAGGAGGUGCUGGGUGAUUUGGGCGUGAGACAGGCUAUGAAGUUUAUGCCCAAGGCGGUGUUGUAGAGGAGUUUUUGCCCUUUUUCACGAUGCUCGUAUGUACAUAAUACUUACACCCACGGUUGUUCGGUCAGCAUCCUAUGGUUUGGGGCGUCGCAUCAUGCAGGUUUGCACUCAAGAGACUUGAAUAUAAACAAUGCACAUCACAAGAGGGGACCGAGUCAUAUCAGCGCCAGUAAACCCAGACCGGCUCUCACUUCUGCAUCUUAGCCGCCUCCUGUUUUUAGCGCCGACCUGAAUGCGCGGCUAUAGCCGUCAAUCUGCGAGGCGUGGAGUUGCUUUUGUUCG